AUGGACCCGGCGCUGGCAGUCAGUUUUCCUACCCCGCCGUCCACGCGGCGCCCCAGCGGGCUUGCCGCGGCCGACGAGGAGAUGGAGGCGGAGGUGGCCGGGGUGGACCCGGAUCGAGUGUCUUUCAUGAACACCGCGCUCUGCGCCGUCCCGGGCGACACCCUCCGCGCCUUUUUUGCCCCAGUCAUGACGGUCAAGUCUUCCCUGCUCAGCCGGCAGCGCCUCACGCAGCGGCACCUCGCGUCCGACCCGGCGAAGGUGAGCAAGAUGUUUCAAGAGGCCAUACGGGUUCUCGCAAAGGCGCUCGUAGAUGCCUCGCUUGACCUCUUUGAAACCGCAAUGCCGCUCGACGAGAAUGAGCUCGCGGCCGUGUUGAGAGGAAAACUGACGCCGGUUUGCUACGAACCAGGGGCGGUGCUUGUGUACCCCGGUGAGUGCCCAGAGGGGUUGUUUGUGCACGUGGUGCUGAGUGGCAGUGUUCAGGUGGUGAACUAUCAGAUGCAAAGCCGCAAAGGUCCCAUUGGUGAUAGCAGCAAAAGACAAUACUUUUCUGGCAAUGAUUUGCUGCGACUAAACGGAGUCUUGGGCUUUCAGCCAGAGCUCUUUCGGCUUCUCGCUGUUCCUCUGGAGCCCCACAGCGAUGCGACCAGUGAUGUAGCCUCCACCUCUAAUAUGUCUACAUCUAUUCAACGCUCGCUUCGGCGUGCGUCGCGAAUCGUCGGGCAACCAACACUUUUGGCCACCCGCACGGAACUCUUUAGAGCUCCCUAUGUAUGCUGUGCCACUGAGGCGUUGGGGUUAGAGCCUUUUCGGCUUGCCACGGUUACCGCCGAGGCGCCGCCGCCGACAGGCAAGGGCGAUUUAGUCUAUGACCCAAGAGUGACUGGGACAAUGCGUGUGCGCGCCACCGAUCUCCAUAAUGCGCUUAUGGAGCUUGCAUUGCGUCAUAGCGAGACGCGCAAGCUAUCUUCUUCGCUAGUUGUCUCAGGUCGUUAUUUGCCCACGCCGUUGCAGUACAUUGAGGCCGCACGGGUGCGGGCCAUCACGCGUCAUUAUCCAAUGAAUGAGAUUCUUAUGCGUCAGAGCUGGUUGCUGCAGGACACUCCAGCCCAUACGAUACGCGCCCUUGUCACUCAACUGGCACCGCGGUGCUACGCUCCAGGAGAGGUUAUUCUCUGUCCUCACAGCGUUUCGCGCCAGCUUUGCUUCCUGCGGCGCGGCACUUUGACGAUUGAGGAGCCCCCGUCGACGGCCCCUCUUGGCGCGGGCACGUGCAGCUGUGUGGGUGCUGCUCGCGCAAAAAGGAAUAUCUUGCAAGAGGUGCCGGUGGGGGCCUCCUUUGGUGAGUUGUCUGUGCUGUUUGGGGAACCAAGACAUUUUGUCCUUCGGGCACAGACGAUCUGCGACAUUUGGUGCCUUUCCUGCCAAAGUUUUGCGGCAACCGUGCGACGCGACGACGCGCUGCGGCGAAAUUUGCUUUCCAAGGCCGCCGCCCUGCGGAUGCGGUGGCUGGGAGAGCAGCGGUACACCGCAGCGCUGGCGCAGGUGUUGCGUGACAGCUGCGAGCUCUUCCGCGAGGCGCCGGACAGUUUUAUCCGCCUCGUGCAGGAGCGCAUGGAGCCUGUCGUCUACCCACCCGCGACGCUGCUGACCUCCAUCUCUACCCGCUGCGAGGAGAUGCUCCUUAUCCUUCACGGCAAGGUGACGUCGAUCGUCGACGGCGUCGCCGAGUACGGCGCCGGCAGCGUGCUCGGCGAGCCCACCAUCAUCGGACACCGCUGGCCGCUGGGCCUCGUGUCAAAGUCCAUGGUGGAGGGCUGGAAGCUGAGUCGGCUGAACCUUCGCGACGCGCUGCUCCGCAUUGAAGUCCUCCGUCGCCACUCCGGCGAGGUCGGCUCCCACGCACCGCAGCUGAUGCAGAGCGUCUUCGCGCCCCCGGUGCCCCCGUGCGACGUGGAUGCCGUGGGACGCUCGCGGAUGCCUUUGGUGGGCCCGCCACCGCGUGGUCGGACGUACAUGGAGUUCGCCAAGUGGCUCGCGGAGGCGCAGCUGAAGGCCAUAUGCUUCCGCUUCCGGGACUACAUCAAGUGGGACGAUAUUUCCUACACGCCUCCAGGGGAGGCGCCGUCGCGGCCGUCCACGGUGCCGCCGGCAUCUGCGGGUGACACCGCCGUGUCUGACGCCGGCACCCUCAGUUUUGACUCCAUGGCGGGAAGCGGCGUGCAGGCGGUGCGUCGUGUGAAGAAAAGCGUGUCCACGCGGCCAAAGAAGGGGCGCAAGUUUGUCGCCGGGAGCAACUUCCCCUUCCACGUGAAUCUCGCCAUUGUGCACCAGCCAUUCACACAGUCCUUUCUCCGCAAGCCGCCCUCCGUGUUCAAGGAGGAUGAGGAGGAGGAGGAGGAGCCUCUCCUGGCGAGGCAGCGAGCCGUCGCUGCCAAACCAAACGCGCGCGUGCGGGUCAGUGCGAUGCCGCAGUUAGAGCAGCUAAAAACACUUUUUGAAGGCCGGGACAAGUUGCGCAAGACGGAGACCAAGCAGCAGGAGCUUGCGGAGAUGCACCAGGAGCGGCUCGAUCUUGUCAAUGUGACCCGUUUUGGCAACCCGCCGCCUAUCCACAUCUUUUUGCAGGGCAGCCGACCGCGGGUUCAGAUCACGGUGGAGGAGGCCAUCAGCGUGGGGUACGUGCUGCAGUUUCCGGACACGAAGAGCAUCCAGUUCUGUGUCUCCAGCAUCGACUCCGACGUGACAAUUGGGUUGCCGCAGCACCGACAGAGGCGGCGCGAGAUGGCGCUCACCCCCAACGUCCGCCACUACCGCCGCUGCUUCCUCUUCGCCGCCUCCCAGUUGGAUGAGAAGAGCAAAGAGGAGGCGUUGGUGAAGGCGGCCGCGGUGCGUGACGCGGAGGACAACGAGAAGGCCCACCACCUCACCACGCUUCUCCUGAGCGAGAUGCCAGAGGAGGAGCCGCAGCCCAGAGCCCUGCCCACUGCAGGGGUUCGGGAGGGCAGUGGCGCCCCUUUGGACUGGCAGCGGAGCUCCCCCUUCCGCUCCUUAUCCUGCGGCACAGUGACCCCGAGCAAGCAGACACCCCCUGGCAGGCAGCCUUUUUCCCCUUCCAGAGAGCAGGAGGAGUCUGUGUUCCUCCGACAACUUCGCGCCAACCCGGAGAAGGCGAUGAACUCCCUUCGCUCGAAGCUGAAUUUGCCGCUAGAAAAUGCGGAGCGUGAGACACCCGAAAACGAAGCCUUUCAUUCUUCCGCUGAUACCCUGCCAAACCCGAGCUCUGCAACGCAGGGAAAUGACUUGAUGGAUCGCCUACGCCGCGCCUCCGAUGUGCAUGAGUUGAAGCCACUGGAAGGCUCACUCAGUGGAGCCCCACCGCGGCUGCCGAGCAGUCUGCCUGAAGAGAAAGAAGCAGGCAAGGUGGGAGAAGAACGCACGGGGUCAGCUGGCCUCCUUCAUGGGCGGCGAGGGCGCACCGCUCUUUGUUGA